AAACCAGAAGGAGGAGGAAGAAGGGGAGCCUUGCAGCCAAAGGAAAAGUGGGUGCCCAAAGAGAGGGAGUCCCCUUUUUGCAAGCUUUCCUGGCCUUGCAGCAUUGCUUCCACUCCCUAUUUUGCAGAACCCUUUGCAGAUGGGCAUAGGCACCACAUGCAACCAGGGUUCCAGAUUUCCAUGUGUGACCUUAGUCGGAUGGGGUGAAGUGGCCGCCUCGUUCAAGGAAGGAGGGAGAAUUGGUGAAACACAGAAGUCCUGGUGAUUUCUCAGAAUCCCUCGUGCACUGGAUUUGCACCAUUGUUUGGAUGUUCUGCUUGGAGAACGCUUGAAGGUCCACCUAUCAUGGGACACAUAGUGUGGAUUUUUGGAUACCCAUAAAGCAGAGGAUUUGGGAAUAUUUGGAAACAUAUAUUGUGGGAUUCCUCCCAUCUUGCAACGAGAGUCAUGCAACGGUGAGGACAAGGAGAGCGAAGAAGGAGGAGGAAGCCGAGAUGUCUCUCUCCAGGCUGAACAGCUUUGUCAAUGGCUUCGUGGAGGACCCUUCGGGGCCCGAGGCCGGGGGCCCGGACAUGGCCCGCAUCCUCAGUGCCUUGGAGGUGGGCACCGUCCUCACCUUGUUCUACCAGAAGAAGUCCCAACGGCCUGAACGGAGGACCUUCCAAGUCCGUCCGAAGAGCCGGCAGAUCGUCUGGAGUCGCACGCUGGAGAAGGUGGAAGGGGAUGUGGAUAUUAGAGAAAUUAAGGAGAUCCGAUCAGGGAAGAAUUCCCGGGACUUUGAGCGCUAUCCUGAAGAUGCCCGGAAGCUGGACUCUGCCUUGUGUUUUGUCAUCUUAUAUGGAAUGGACUUCCGGCUGAAGACGUUGAGCGUGGCUGCGUUUUGCGAAGACGACGUCAAUCUCUGGGUGGCAGGCCUGAAUUGGUUGGUGACGGACACGCAGCGAGCACCGACUCCUCUCCAUAUCGAAAGGUGGUUGAGGAAGCAGUUUGAUUCGAUGGAUAGAUCAAGGGAAGGCAGCAUCACCCCCAAGGAUUUGAAGGCAAUGUUGCCCCAAGCCAACUAUCGAGUCCCUAAUAUGAGAUCCCUGAGAGACAAACUUACGGAAGUGGAAGUCCGAAAUGAAAUCACCUUCAGCCACUUUGCACACUUCUAUAAGAACUUGAUGUUUGAUGCCCAGAAAUCGAUCAUUGAGCAGCUGGAAUUGUCGUUCCCUUUACGAAAUGUGGACCGGCCAGAACUCUGCCAGAUCACAUUGUAUGACUUCCAGAAGUUCCUGCAACAUGAUCAGAAGGAGCCAUGGGCAAGUGACAUUGCUAAAGUCCGGGAGCAGAUGUGCAACUACCUGCGGGAUCCUUUCAGCGACAUGGCAGAGCCUGUGUUCCAGUUGGAUGAGUUCCUGACGUUCCUGUUCUCCAGAGAAAACAUGGUCAUGGACUCCAAGUACGAGCAAGUGGCGCCCGAGGAAAUGAAUUACCCCUUGUCUUACUACUGGAUCUCCUCUUCUCAUAACACGUACCUCACUGGGGACCAGUUCUCCAGCGAAUCCUCCCUGGAAGCCUACGCUCGCUGCCUCCGGAUGGGAUGCCGCUGCAUUGAGUUGGAUUGCUGGGACGGACCCGACGACCUGCCCAUCAUCUACCACGGCCACACGCUCACCUCCAAGAUCAAGUUCUUGGACGUGCUGCACACCAUCAAGGAGCAUGCCUUCACCACCUCCGAGUUCCCCAUCAUCCUCUCCAUCGAGGACCACUGCAGCAUCGUCCAGCAGAGGAACAUGGCCUCGCACUUCAAGAAGGUCUUUGGGGAUAUGCUACUGACCAAGCCAGUGGACAUCAACGCUGACCAGCUGCCCUCCCCUGCCCAGCUCAGGAAGAAGAUCCUCAUUAAGCACAAGAAGCUAGUCGAAGGGAACCUGUACGAGGAAGUCACUACAGCGACAUACUCGGAGAACGACAUCAGCAACUCCAUCAAGAACGGCAUCCUUUACCUGGAGGACCCCAUCGACCACACCUGGAGCCCACACUAUUUUGUCCUGACCAGCAACAAGAUCUAUUACUCCGAGGAGACCUCCCGCUACCAAUCCAAUGAGGAUGAGGAAGAGACAGAACAGAAAGAGGAAUUUAACAACAACGAGCUGCACUUCAGCGAGAAAUGGUUCCACGGCAAGCUGGGCGGGGGCCGCGACGGGCGGCAAAUUGCAGAGAAGCUGUUGCAUGAGUAUUGCACGGAGACCGGGGGCAAGGACGGCACCUUCCUGGUGCGGGAGAGUGAGACCUUUGUGGGCGACUACACCCUCUCCUUCUGGCGCUCUGGCCGCGUUCAGCACUGCCGCAUCCAUUCCCGGCAGGAAGCCGGAGCCACGAAAUUCUACCUGACGGACAACCUGGUCUUCGACAGCCUCUACAGCCUCAUCUGCCACUACCGGGAGGUGCCUCUGCGCUGCAACGAGUUCGAGAUGCGGCUGACGGACCCGGUCCCACAACCCAACGCUCACGAGAGCAAAGAGUGGUACCAUGCUAACCUGACCCGCCUGCAGGCCGAACACAUGCUGAUGCGUGUUCCCCGGGAUGGAGCCUUCCUGGUGCGGAAGCGCAGCGAGCCCAACUCGUACGCCAUCUCUUUCCGGGCGGAAGGCAAGAUCAAGCACUGCCGCAUCCAGCAGGAGGGUCGUCUGUUCAUGCUGGGCAGUUCGGCCGAAUUUGAGAGCCUGGUGGACCUGGUCAGCUACUACGAGAAGCACCCCUUGUACCGCAAGAUGAAGCUGCGCUACCCCAUCAACGAGGAGGCGCUCGAGAAGAUGGGCACCGCGGAAUUGGACUACGGCGCUUUGUACGAGGUGCGCACCCCUCACUUUUACGUGGAAGCCAACAAGAUGCCAAUGGCCAAGUGCACCGUGAAGGCCUUGUACGACUACAAAGCCCAGCGGGAAGACGAGCUGUCCUUCUGCAAACAAGCCAUUAUUCACAACGUUGACAAGCAGGACGGAGGGUGGUGGCGUGGGGACUACGGGGGCAAGAAGCAGCUCUGGUUUCCUGCCAACUACGUCGAGGAGAUCAUGAACGCCUCUGGAGCCGAGCAGGACGAAGCGUCUGUAGAGAACAGUCCGCUGGGCAACUUCCUGAAAGGCUUCAUUGAUGUCCCUUCCUGCCAUGUAGUUAUCUCCAAAGACGGGAGGAGCUCCAAACCAUUUGUCUUCACCAUCCAUUCCCAGCAGAUGACCCACCCGUCCCAGUCGCUGGACGUCGCCACCGACACCCAGGAGGAGCUCAACGACUGGGUGGCCAAGAUCCGAGAGGCCACUCAGAAUGCAGACGCCCGGAUGCAAGAAGGAAAGAUCAUGGAGCGCAGGAAGAAGAUUGCUUUGGAACUGUCAGAACUGGUCGUUUACUGCCGCCCGGUGCCCUUUGAUGAGGAAAAAAUCGGCACAGAGAAAGCCUGCUACCGGGACAUGUCCUCCUUCCCCGAGACCAAGGCCGAGAAGUACGCCAAUCGCAGCAAAGGGAAGAAGUUCCUGCAGUACAACCGCCGGCAGCUGAGCCGCAUCUACCCCAAGGGCCAGCGCCUGGACUCCUCCAACUACGACCCGCUCUCCAUGUGGAUCUGCGGCAGCCAGUUGGUGGCCCUCAACUUCCAGACGCCGGAUAAGCCAAUGCAGUUGAACCAGUCUCUUUUUAUGCUGGGGGGCCGCAGCGGCUACGUGUUGCAGCCGGACAUCAUGCGGGAUGACCUCUUUGACCCCUUUGACAAGAGCAGCUUGAAGCACGUGGAGCCCAUCACGGUCCAGCUGCAGAUCCUGGGGGCCCGGCACCUCCCCAAGAACGGUCGCAGCAUCGUCUGUCCCUUUGUGGAAGUGGAGGUCUGCGGCUCAGAGUUCGACAACAGCAAGAACAAGACAGAGGUCGUAGCUGACAACGGCCUCAAUCCAGUCUGGCUCGUCAAGCAGUUUGUCUUCGACAUCAACAACCCGGAGUUUGCCUUCCUCCGUUUCGUCGUCUACGAGGAAGACAUGUUCAGCGACCCCAACUUCUUGGCUCAGGCGACAUUCCCCAUCAAGGGCCUUAAAACAGGUUACAGAUCCGUACCCCUGAAGAACAGCUAUAGUGAGGAUCUUGAGCUUGCUUCUCUUCUUCUCCAUAUUGAAAUAGUCAAUGCCAAGGAAGAAGACGACGAGAACUUGUACUCCUCCAUUCAGCAACUCCGGGACCGCGCCAACGAGCUCUCCAACCAGGUGUCCAGCUUCGAACAAAGCAACAAUUGUGACUCGCGUUACCAGCAGCGGCUGGAUGAGCUCAGGGCGGCGCAAGAGCGGCUCAUGGAACUGACUGAAGUGCGCAACAGGAAGUUGAUGGAGAAGAAGAAGCGAGACCGGCAGUUGGCCAACAAGCGCAACUGAGUCACCGGCUCACGUCUCCGUCGUCCUACAGCCUCCCCUCUUUCCCCCAACGAAUCCCAAGGAGGCCUUUGGACACCAGACGGUGCCUGGACUCUUCUGUGCUCUCCGCCUCCUAGCCAGUGGCCGGUUGGUCAGUCUGUCUGGAAGUGGGGGCCGAGGGCACAAUGGCAGAGGAAGCCGCAGGGAGAGCAUUACUCGGACGUGGAGAGAAGCCGGACUGGCCGCUUUCCCAGUGUGCCAUUUCCCUCAGGACCCAUUACAGACUUGUGACGUGGUGGAGCGUUCUCUUUCUCCUGUUGCCAAGCAUGGGCAAACUUCGGCCCUCCGGGUGUUUUGGACUUCAACUCCCACAAUUCCUAACAGCCGGUAGGCUGUUAGGA